CACCUCCAACAACUCCACCACCACCUCCAACAACUCCACCACCUCCUCCAACAACUCCACCACCUCCUCCAACAACUCCACCACCUCCACCACCACCUCCAAUGCCCCAAGUUGUAAUCAGUGAGAUCAGUUUAGAGACCAGACUCCCUGACCAGCCCUCUCUGACUCCAACCCAGACUCUACUCUCCAUACCGAACAGGAGUGUGACCAAGGGCCUGUGUUCGUACUGCUGUACACCGAUGGUGGCUGGAGCCAACAUGAUCCUGGAGGAUCUACAGAUCUACAGCCACUCAUCCUGCUUCAAGUGUGAGGUGUGCCAUUGUCCUCUAGGAGACCUCCAUGUAGGAGACAGUAUGUGGCUCCACAGAGGGACAGUCCACUGUGAAGGCUGCUUCAGCACAGCCAGAGAGAAGUAUCUCCUCUAGGGAAGGAUGACAGAACGCUCACGUCUCCACGGUAACACAGACAGAACAAAGAGACACCGCUUUAGAAGUCAGAAAAGGACACAUUGCUUUUCCAUGGGUGGAUCUGGCGGUUGACGCAACAGUAAAUGACAUUUUAUAAUGUCAUCUGGAUCUAUAAUCUUCACAACAUCUCUUGCAAAUGAUUGUCACAUAUAGAAUCAGAUCCAAUGACCUGGAUGGAUUCUUUAUGUACUUCUCUAUGUAUCUAUUUUCAUGUAAUAUGACGAUUUGUUCAAUCACAUUACAAUAUAACCACCAACUGAUGUCA